CAAAUAGACACGCCCCCAAGUUUCGAACGCAAACUAUUUCUUUCCUUCCGUCUUGAGUGAGCACGGUCAGUACGUCCAUUGUAAGAAAAUGACUAACCAGCUUUGUAAACUGUUCGUCGGUGGCCUAAAUGUCCAAACAACCGACGAAGGCUUGCGGAGUCACUUUGAACAGUAUGGGCAGCUAACCGAUUGCGUGGUAGUGAUGAACCAGCCGCUUCAGCGCUCCCGUUGCUUCGGCUUUGUAACGUACUCGAGCACCGAGGAAGCGGACGCCGCCAUGUCUGGUAGGCCGCAUGUCGUAGAUGGCAACACCGUGGAUCUGAAGAGAGCGGUGGCCCGGGAAGACGCCGGUAGACCCGAGGCUCUGGCCAAAGUCAAGAAAAUCUUUAUCGGGGGUUUGAAAGAUGACAUCGAGGACGAGCACCUCAGUGACUAUUUCUCCCAGUUCGGUGCCAUCGAGAAGGCUCAGGUAAUUACCGACAAAGACACCGGGAAGAAACGUGGUUUCGGCUUUGUCUACUUCGAGGACAACGACUCGGCCGAUAAAGCCGUCGUGAUGAAGUUCCACACGGUUGGUGGACACAAGGUGGAGGUGAAGAAGGCGCUCACCAAGCAGGAGAUGCAAGGGGCCGGUGGUCGCGGCGGGAGGGGAGGCCGUGGUAUGGACCGACCUCAAAGUGGCUAUGGCGGCGGUAGAGGCGGUUACUAUGGCGACUAUCAGAAUGGUGGCUACGGAGGUGGAUACGCGAACAGUGGCAGCAACGAAAGCCAAGUGGGCUACGGGAGCUACGGUGGAGGCUAUACCGAUCAGAUGGCCGGCGGGUACGGCAGCGGGAAUGGCUACAGUGACUUCGGUGCGGAAUAUGGACAGCAGCCUUCGGCUUACGGUGCCAUGAAAGCGGGGUAUGGCGGCAGGAGCACUGCGCCAUAUACACGUGGUGGAGGAGGCGCUGGAUAUGGAAGGGGUGGUUAUGGCGGAUAUUAGAAGAACCAAUGUGACUCUUUGUCCUUUUUACACUUGCAACUGGACUUUCCAAAACAAAUCGUUUGAUCGGGGUAUUGGUAGUAUGGUUUAUAUGGGUUAACUGUGAGGUGUAUUAUUUGGCAACUUCUUUUUUUUUUUUUUUUUCUUCCCACGUUGCCAUUUAUGUUGAUGUUCGGUGCCAUUUGUAGUACGCGCAGAAACCAGUUUUGUUUUUUUUAUAUAUAUAUAAAAAUAAAUUGUGGUCACAAACUUUUUUUUUUUUUUGCCCAGGCCGAAAUGUAACCGGUUCAUUGCCAGACCAAUAUUUAGUAUUGAGAUGCAACUCAGGGGUAAUAACGAAAUUUACGCAGGUUUUUUUUUUUUGUUUCUCCAGAUCCUCUUUGAAAUGUUGUUGUGUUGUGUGUGGUGUUUUUUUUUUUUUUUUAUUCAUAACUGUAAUUUAAUUUUUUAACGCUAUUGUACAGUUCACAUUUGUAAAAAAAAAAAAAAGUUUUUAGUCUUUCUUUUUUAUAUUUUUGAUCCAACCGUGACCAUACUAUAAAUCUUUUAACCAUUAAAUUGACUUUGAUAAGCUUUAGUCUGUUUGACUCUCUCUCCUACUCUAAAUUUAAUCUGAAUUGGUGACUUCCAUAAUAGUUUGAAGUGUUUGUUUGUGGACUCUAGCUUGUGUAACAAUUCCCUGCAGCAUUGUCUUUGAAAUCUUGUCUUACAAUAUACACCUCUCAAGACACAUUACAUCAAAGCCUUGCAAUAUCAAACAAUGAGAUUUUCAACAAUCUUGAUGCAUUGGUUCUGUACACAUGUAACUUCACCCCAUUAAAUAAAUAGUGCACCCCAAAAUGAAAAUUCUCAUAAUUUACACACCCUCAUGCCAUCCCAGAUGUGUGACUUACUUUCAGAAGAUUUCUAGAAUGUCUCCGCUCUCUAGGUCUGAACAAUGCAAGUGAAUGGGUGCCACAAUUUUGAAGCUCCAAAAUCCACAUAAAUGCAGCAUAAACGUACUCCAAACAUAAUAUAAGUGUGGGUGAGAUACAGAUCAAUAUUUAAGUCAUUUUUAAUCUAAUUAUCCUCUCUGCCCAUUUGGGGGGUGAUAUGCCCAAAUAAUGUGAAUCGCCAAAUACAGGAGAAAGUCAAAUAAAAUGACUUAAAUAUUGAUCUGUUCCUCACCCAAACUUAUAUUUGAACACAUUGAUUUAACCACUGAAGUACUUUUAAUGUUGCCCUUAUUUGGAUUUUGGUCACCCUUCACUUGUGUUCUGCAGAAGACGAAGUCCUUCAAAUCUGAAAUGGCAUGAAGGUGAGUGAUGAGAAUUUUCUUUUUGGGGGGAAACUAUCCCUUUAAAUGUGGUUCAAAACAGACCCUAGUGAAAUGUAGAUGCUUUUUAUAAAAGGUACUUUUUUGAAAGAAAUAAUUAAAAUUAUAAUUUUGUGAAAAGAGUUUCACAUGCACUGAAAAUUGAGUUUUGGGUGACUAAAAAAUACUGUUCACCAGAAAUAUGGAAAAUUUCACUGUUUGGUGGUAAAAUAUGAAACGGCUCUACAACUCUACCCACACAAGUACAAUGAACUAGUAUAAAAUGUUUUGACAAAUUUGACAACCUUAUGUACUCUAUAUUGCAGAAAUACACUAUAUUUGAAUAUAUGCAACUAUAUUUGUUGUUUGGAGUGGUGACGAGUACUAGAAAAU